UUGUAAAAAUUAAAGGACUUAGAGAAAAAUUUACUGUCCAAAAAAUUCCUCGAAUAUUUCGCUGUUUUUAUAUACUAAUAAGACUUUGCUCCUGAAAUCUGACGCACUUGAGCUCUUUCGCAAAACACACAUCACACACCAUUUUCACAACAUCGUACUUAUCGCCUUCCUCUCUCUCAAUCUCAAUCUCAAUUUCUGGAUCCACCAUGCAAGCUCUUCAAUCGUCAUCUCUCCGUGCUUCUCCACCAAACCCACUUCGCUUACCAUCAAAUCGUCAAUCACAUCAGAUAAUCACCACCAAUGCGAGACCUUUGAGAAGACACCGCUCCUUCAUCUCCGCAUCAGCAUCCACUGUUUCCGCUCCUAAACGCGAAACAGAUCCGAAGAAACGAGUUGUCAUUACUGGCAUGGGUCUUGUCUCUGUGUUUGGUAACGAUGUUGAUGCUUACUACGACAAACUCUUGUCUGGUGAGAGUGGAAUCAGUUUGAUUGAUCGUUUCGAUGCUUCCAAGUUCCCUACUCGAUUCGGUGGUCAGAUCCGUGGCUUUAGCUCUGAAGGUUAUAUUGAUGGCAAAAAUGAGCGUAGGCUUGAUGAUUGUUUGAAGUAUUGCAUUGUUGCUGGUAAAAAAGCUCUUGAAAGUGCCAAUCUUGGUGGUGAUAAACUUAACACGAUUGAUAAGAGGAAAGCUGGAGUACUAGUUGGUACUGGAAUGGGAGGUUUAACUGUGUUUUCAGAAGGAGUUCAGAAUUUGAUUGAGAAGGGUCAUAGGAGGAUUAGUCCAUUUUUUAUACCUUAUGCUAUAACAAACAUGGGUUCUGCUUUGUUGGCGAUUGAUCUUGGUCUUAUGGGUCCUAACUACUCGAUUUCUACUGCUUGUGCUACUUCGAAUUACUGUUUUUACGCUGCUGCGAACCACAUUCGUCGUGGUGAAGCUGAUAUGAUGAUUGCUGGUGGGACUGAGGCUGCUAUUAUUCCUAUUGGGUUGGGAGGUUUUGUUGCUUGUAGGGCAUUGUCUCAGAGGAAUGAUGACCCUCAAACUGCUUCGAGGCCGUGGGAUAAGGCAAGAGAUGGCUUUGUUAUGGGUGAAGGAGCUGGUGUUCUGGUGAUGGAAAGUUUGGAACAUGCGAUGAAACGUGGUGCUCCAAUUGUAGCAGAAUAUCUUGGAGGUGCUGUUAACUGUGAUGCUCACCAUAUGACUGAUCCAAGAGCUGAUGGGCUUGGUGUCUCUUCAUGCAUUGAGAGAUGCCUUGAAGAUGCUGGUGUAUCACCUGAGGAGGUAAAUUACAUCAAUGCACAUGCAACUUCCACUCUUGCUGGUGAUCUUGCUGAGAUUAAUGCAAUUAAAAAGGUAUUCAAGAGCACUUCAGGGAUCAAAAUCAAUGCCACCAAGUCUAUGAUAGGUCACUGCCUCGGUGCAGCUGGAGGUCUAGAAGCCAUCGCCACAGUGAAGGCUAUUAACACUGGAUGGCUGCAUCCUUCCAUCAACCAAUUUAACCCAGAACAAGCUGUGGACUUUGACACUGUCCCAAACCAGAAGAAGCAGCACGAAGUUGAUGUUGCCAUAUCAAACUCAUUCGGGUUCGGUGGACACAACUCAGUCGUCGCCUUCUCUGCCUUCAAACCCUGAUUUCUUCAUACCUUUUAGAUUCUCUACCCCAUCCGUUACAUCAUCCAUCACCACCACUUGCAGCUUCUUGGUUUCACAAGUUCGAGCUCUUCCUCUGGCCUUUUGCGGUUCUUAUUUUUCCAUUCCCCGUUUUGUUACUGUUGCUGAGAUUUCAGAUUUUGUUUGUUCUCUCUCUUGUCUGCGGAAUGUUUGUAUCUUAGUUCGUUCCAUAUUUGCGUAAUUUAUAAAACAGAAAACUGAGAGAAUCUUGUAGUAACGGUGUUAGUGUCAGAAUAAUCCAAAUUAGGGGAUUCUCAUCUUCUUUC